AUGGCGGAGGGAGCGGCCUUGUCUCGCGGGGGAGGAGCCACUGAGGCGACUGAGGCGAAGGCGAGGCGCUGGAGGCGGACUAGGCCUGACUGCGCCGCCGUGCCAAGAGCCUCCCUCGCUCGGCGCCAUGGCCUACUCGAGGCCGGGCCUUUUCCCUCGCGGAAAACCCAUGAGCCCCGCCCUGCUCCUCCGCUGCUCCUGGGGCCUGGGGUUACUGCUACGCGGCCUCUGGGCCUCGGGGAGCGGGCUGGGCGAAGGGAGCUAUGGGCAGCGACGGACGGCACCUGCCCGACUACGACCGAGAGCGCUGCUGGAGGCCAGUAUUUACUGAGGAAAGAAUCAAUUUACGAACUAAUUAUUUUAUGGGGUAUUUCCACAGCCGAACUAAGUUCCUGGAUCCAGCAAUCUUUCAGGCAUUACGUUGUAGAAGAUUCUAAGCAACAGUUUGGUGAAUAUGACAAAAAUGACGAUGGCUAUGUCUCUUGGGAAGAAUAUAAUAUUCAGAUGUAUGAUCGUGUCUUAGACUUUGAUGAAGAUACAACUUUGGAAGAUGCUGAAGAAGAAUCUUUUCGGCAGCUCCAUCUGAAGGACAAGAAGAGGUUUGAGAAAGCUAAUAGGGAUGGCAUUGAUGGCUUGAAUCUGGAUGAAUUCAUUGCGUUUGAACAUCCCGAAGAAGCAGAAUACAUGAAGGAUUUUGUCAUUCAAGAGGCACUGGAAGAACAUGAUAAAAAUGGCGAUGAAUUUGUGAGCCUUGAAGAGUUCCUUGGGGACUACAGAAGAGAUCCAACUGCCCGUGAAGACCCAGAAUGGAUACGUGUUGAGAAGGAUCGAUUUUCAAACGAUUACGACAAGGACCAGGAUGGGAAACUCGACCCUAAAGAGCUGCUAAGCUGGGUUGUGCCCAAUAAUGAAGGCAUUGCUCAGGAGGAGGCCUCCCACCUCAUUGAAGAAAUGGACCAAGACGGGGACAGUAAGCUAACAGAGGCAGAAAUUCUUGAGAACCAGGAUCUGUUUCUCAAUAGUGAAGCUACCGAUUAUGGCAGGCAGCUCCAUGAUGAAAAUUUCUACCAUGAAGAACUUUAAUUUCCAAGAGACUCCCCUCUGCCUCUUCCUUGUUGCCAUGGGUUGGAUUUUUAAUAGUGUUCAACUUUGAAAGCAACAACGCAGAUUGUGUCUGGAUGUAAUAUACUGGUUUCUGCAGCUUUUUUUUGGUUUGUUUUUGCAUUACUGAAUUUCUUUGUACAUUCUCUUGGAUGUGUCAGCCUUUAUUAUUUUGGUACCACAAAGCUUGUCUCUUUAAAAGUGGAAACUGAUGUUUGUAUUUUAAUACUGUUUUUUUUUUUAACACAUACUUGAAAACGACUGUGUGAUAAGAGAGACAUUUGCCACUAGUUCGUGUUAGAUUCUGAGAGGAAUGAGACGAGGAGAAAGUGUUUGCUUAGCUUUAUGUUCAUAAUAAUCCUUCUGUAUGAAUAUAUAGGAGGACUAAGGCCUUCCUUACUUGUAAGGUUUCUGUGUAUAUGAACUUCCGUUGAGAGUGUUUAUAUGAUCUGGAAAUUGUAUUUUUGCAUCCCGAUAGCAGUUAUUUUUACUGUAUUAAUACAGCUUAGUAAGUGUAUUUUAUGUAAGUAAGAACACUACUGACUUCAAAAACACUCAGAUUAAAACAUUAGAAAUUGUC